ACGGCGACGCCGCGGCCAUGUCGGAUCUGGGCUCCGAGGACGGCGACGAGUCCGGGGAGGCCGGGGGAGACAUCGGGGAGUACGAGGGCGAUCGCGAUGGCGAAGGGCAGCGGCACGGCUUUGGGAAGGCGCGGCUGCCCAAUGGUGACACCUACGAAGGGCAGUACGAGCGUGGCCUGAGGAGCGGACACGGGACCUACAGGUUUAAAAACGGUGCCAUCUACACUGGGAACUACCUUGAAAACAAAAAGCAUGGCAAAGGUGUCUUUUUUUAUCCAGAUGGAUCAAAAUAUGCAGGAGACUGGGUGCAUGACCAGAGACAGGGCUAUGGAGAAUAUCUGUAUGCAAAUGGAGACACCUAUACUGGAGAAUGGGCUAACAACAAGAGGCAUGGGCAAGGAACAUAUGUCUAUAAAGACACAGGAUCUAAGUAUGUUGGUUGUUGGGUGAAUGGAAUCCAGAGUGGACCAGCUGAGCUUAUCCACCUAAACCACAGAUUUAAGGGCACGUUUCUCAAUGGAAAGCCUUUAGGUCGUGGCAAAUUCAUCUUUGAUAUUGGAUGUGAACAGCAUGGUGAAUACAUACAACCAGUGCAGGAAAAAGAGGAGGAAGAAGAGGACGAACCACCAUUGCCUCUUGAACCAAUAUGGAAAGCAUCAGAAAUUACCAAAUUAACACCCUGGUCUCCCCAUGAUGAGGAGUUGCUGGUCCCCAGAGAAACAGCAGGUGCAGAAGCUGAAGAGGAGAAAAUUCUAUCAACUAUAGAUACUGAGGAGGGUGGGGAUCACCCAGCAAGUGAUGCAGGAGAGGAAGGUGAGGAAAGGAGAGAGGAAGAAGUAAAUCAAGAUCAGGAGGAUGAAGAAAUUACUGAUUUUGGAGGAUGAAACAGAGGAAUUGGGUACAACGAAAGGAAAAGACACAAAAAAUGAAAUUUCUAAGUAGAUUAUUUAGUGUGGUAAGCCAGCAAUAUUUUUAUUUGUAAAAGGGUGUAUUAAGAUGUUUUGAAUAAACAUUUCUAGGUGCUUUGAAUAAACAUUUCUGUCAGUG